AUUUGCUAUAGCGCGAUAUAGUGAUUUUAAAACUUUUAAGUCUUUAAUAAAAACAGUGAAAAAUGUUCAAAUUCGUAAUCAUGGCUGCUUUGUUCGCUUUUGCGGUAGCUUCUCCGAUACCCGAAGCCAACCCUAACCCCAGUCCGAAGGCUAAACCUCAAUACAUAGUGGACCCAUAUUAUGUAGCUCCAGUUGGGGCUGUAGCUUAUACUGCACCCCUGGCUUACGACGUUCACUCUGACUACGUAAUCCCGUCAGUGUAUGCACCAGGGUAUGCUUACUCACCAUAUGUAGCUGCUGAAUCAGUUGUGGUGUAUUAAAGGGUUUUUCUUUGUUUAACUUUAAAUUGGUAAUAAAUAAUUUUAUGCUGGUAGUUUUAUGUGUUUUACAUAAUCGGUAUGAUCAUGGCAAAAAUGCAAAACAAUUACGAAGAAAUUGCUGUCUGUUACCCAACAAAACUAUAGACUAUUUUUUAUUCUCACCAAAGUAACUGGAUCACAUAAUAAAAUGUGAAUUUUCUGAAAAUUUUU